AUGGGGAUGAUGGCGGCGAGACGGUGGAGGGGAUGGGGUUGUGGGUUGACGUUCAUAAUUGAAACCGUGUGUGUGGUGGCGGUGUGGUUGCAGUUGCUGCAUGUGGUGGCCUGUGGAGGUUUCACAUCGUUCGUGUUUGGGGACUCGCUGGUGGACGCCGGCAACAAUGACUAUCUGCUAACCCUAUCCAGGGCCGACUCCCCUCCUUACGGCAUUGACUUUGCGCCCUCUGGUGGUAAUCCCACCGGCAGAUUUACCAAUGGCCGAACCAUCUCUGAUAUUUUAGACGAAGCGCUAGGGGCGAAGUCAUUUACUCCGCCGUACCUGGCCCCAAAUUCUGAAGCUGAAGCCACCGUGGGAGGAAUCAACUACGCGUCUGGAGGUUCGGGGAUCCUGGACGAAACGGGGUCAUUUUUCAUAGGGAGAGUGCCGUUGAGGGAGCAAGUGGAUUACUUCGAGCAGAGUAGAAGAUACAUAGUGAGCAAAAUGGGAGAGAAUGGGACGAUGAGAUUUUUGGAGAAAGCAAUAUUUUCUUUAACGGUUGGGUCGAAUGAUAUUCUGAACUACAUCCAACCGACGCUUCCAUUUCUUCCAAGACACACCAUGGUUUCCCCUCCUACUUUCCAAGAUUACUUGAUCUCCAAUUUCACCCUCCAACUCAAGCGACUGCACGGGAUGGGAGCCAGAAAAAUGGUGGUGGUGGGGGUGGGACCCUUGGGGUGCAUACCCUUUGUUAGGGCACUCAGCCUCUUACCCAGCGGCCAGUGCUCGUCGGAGGCCAAUGACUUCAUCCGGGCCUACAACGCCAGAUUGCGACACGUGGUGGACGACUUGAACCGAGAGAUGGGCCCCGGAGUUGUGUUUGUCUACGCCAACGCCUACGAUAUUGUCAUGUCCAUCAUCCGUGGUUACCCUCAAUUUGGGUUUGAGAAUGCGGACGAUCCAUGCUGCGGGGGGUACAUCCCACCCUUCAUAUGCUUCCAAGGGAACACUACUGAUGAAGAGAAGAACAGCUCAGUGGUGUGUGAAGAUAGAUCCAAGUAUGUGUUCUGGGACGCCUACCACCCCACCGAAGCUGCCAAUCGCCUCAUUGCCGACAACCUCCUCGACGGCCCCAAGCCCCUCUGCUAUCCCAUCAACCUCCGCCAGCUCCACCACUACACCCCCCCGCCAGCCGCCGGCAAACCCCCAAAGUAAUUAACCAGAAAGUAAAUAAUAAUCUACUGCAUUCAGCUUCCUGAAAUUUAUCUUGGCCUUGUUUGGGAUAGUUACAUGUCAAUUCACCUGCGCAUUCAUGUCGGGACUCGGGAUCGGAAUAGGAAUCCAUGUUUUGGGAUGUUAAUUAUUCUCGUGAUUGAUAGAUAUGGUCUUGCUGAAGCGUGUGGGGCAUUGCAAUUUAAUGUUUGGGAAAGUUUCCAAAGUGGUUUGGGCGUGGGACUUUGGUCUGUGACGUGAAUAAGGCUUAGAAGUGUAGAAUACGCCUAUCUUAUUAUAAUGUGAGUUUCCGCAGGUACGUGAGUUUGGUUAAUGGCGUUAAGAUAUUAUUGGUAGUCUAUUAUCGCUAGCUGUAUAUGGUUCAUUAUUUUAAUUGCUUUUACAAAGCAUGCAUGUUGGUACCAUUAUUAAUGAUAAGCUAGAAUUGUCAA